GUUGACUACGGCAAGAAGUCCAAGCUGGAGUUCUCCAUCUACCCAGCUCCCCAGGUGUCCACAGCUGUGGUGGAGCCCUACAACUCCAUCCUGACCACCCACACCACCCUAGAGCACUCUGACUGUGCCUUCAUGGUGGAUAAUGAGGCUAUCUAUGACAUCUGCCGUAGGAACCUCGACAUUGAGCGUCCUACCUACACCAACCUCAACAGGCUCAUUAGCCAGAUUGUUUCCUCCAUCACUGCUUCCCUUCGAUUUGAUGGUGCCCUCAAUGUUGAUCUGACAGAGUUCCAGACCAACUUGGUGCCCUACCCCCGUAUCCAUUUCCCUCUGGCCACCUAYGCCCCAGUUACUUCUGCAGAGAAGGCUUACCAUGAGCAGCUCUCUGUCUCUGAGAUCACCAACGCCUGCUUUGAGCCGGCCAACCAGAUGGUGAAAUGUGACCCUCGCCACGGCAAGUACAUGUCUUGCUGCCUUCUGUUCCGUGGUGACGUGGUACCCAAAGAUGUCAAUGCUGCCAUUGCCACCAUCAAGACCAAACGUUCCAUUCAGUUUGUUGACUGGUGUCCAACUGGUUUCAAGAUUGGCAUCAACUAUCAGCCUCCCACUGUAGUCCCUGGUGGAGACCUGGCCAAAGUCCAGAGGGCUGUGUGCAUGCUGAGCAACACCACUGCUGUGGCAGAGGCCUGGGCUCGGCUUGACCACAAGUUUGACCUGAUGUACGCCAAACGUGCCUUUGUGCACUGGUAUGUGGGUGAGGGCAUGGAGGAGGGAGAGUUCUCUGAGGCCAGAGAGGACAUGGCUGCCCUGGAGAAGGAUUAUGAAGAGGUAGGGGUUGACUCCAUUGAGGGUGAGGGAGAGGAGGAGGGAGAAGAGUAUUGAAAUGCCCCUGCAGGCAAGCCAUUGUCAAACACUGUUACUGUUGCAUGAUCUUAUUAUGAYACCUAAUAAAACAUUGAAUCAAUUAGC